GGAAUCAGAUCUCUCUCUCUUGUCUAUUAUUCCAUUCAAGUAAUGACACAAAUUAAAGGAAUUUUCAUGAAAAUUAUUCUCUUUGCUAUCUACUUCCCCCUUCCAUAAAAAGUUCAUUCAUAAUACUAUCUUUUCCCUCUUGAUCAUACUACUGAAUCUCCUAGAUAAAAUAAAUCACUCCCUCUUUCUCUCUUUCAUUUUCUCCAGCUGAUCCUUUAGAUAUGGAAGAAAUUGAUGAGGAAAAGCUUUUGAAUCUCAGCCUAGCAAUUGUUACAGAUUCAGGUGGUAGUGUGGAGAGGAAAAGGAAGAGAAUAAGAAGGGAAUUUGGUUAUUCAAGUAGUCCAAAUUUAUUUUCAUAUCAUGAAGGUUUUGAAGGGAAGAUCUUCAGGCUUCUUCAACAAAGAGAACAAAUGCUGAAACUUGACCAUAAGAGGAAAGGACUAGUUCAUGAAGACGGAAAAGGCCUCCAUUUGAUCCAUCUCUUGUUGGUAACCGCCAGCGCGAUCAACGAAAACAAUGUCGAAUUGGCCUUGGAGAAUCUCAACGAGCUCUUUCAAACUGUGUCCUUGAAUGGAGAUUCUGUUCAAAGGGUAGUUGCUUAUUUUGCUGAUGGUUUGGCUGCCAAGCUUCUCACGAAGAAAUCACCAUUCUACGAGAUGAUCAUGAAGAAACCGACGAGCGAGGAAGAGUUUCUAGCUUUCAUGGACCUCUAUAGGGUUUCUCCAUACUACCAAUUCGCUCAUUUCACAGCUAACCAAGUGAUCAUCGAGGCAUUUGAGAAAGAAGAAGAAGAGAAGAACAACCGUGCAUUGCACAUAAUCGAUCUCGAUGUCUCUUAUGGAUUCCAAUGGCCUUCUCUCAUUCAAUCACUUUCCGAAAUGGCAAGCAGAGGAGGAGGCAACAACCGGAUAUCUCUACGAAUAACAGGGUUCGGAAGAAGCUUAGAGGAACUCCGCGAAACGGAGAACAGGCUGGUGAGCUUCUCGAAGGGUUUUCUGAAUCUAGGAUUCGAAUUCCAUGGAUUGUUAAGAAGUAAUAAUAAUUUAAUGAUGGUGGACAACAUUAUAAGGAGGAAGAGAAACGAAACGGUUGCUGUGAAUUUAGUCUUUCAUUUGAAUACAUUGGAUAGCAUUUCGAAGAUAUCGGAAACUUUAAAAACCGUUCAAUCUCUUAAUCCUUGCAUUGUUGUCAUGGUUGAGAAAGAAGGAAGUAGAAAUCCAAGAAGUUUCUUGUCAAGAUUCAUGGAGUCUCUACAUUCUUUUGCAGCCAUGUUUGAUUCUUUGGAUGAUUGUCUUCCAUUGGAGAGCUCGGAGAGAUUGUGCAUUGAGAAGAAUCAUCUUGGGAAAGAAAUAAAAAGCAUGCUCAAUUAUGAAAAAGAUGAUGAUCAUGAAAAAAUACCAAAUUGCCUAAAAUAUGAUCAAAGGAUAGAGACAUCAUGGAAAGCAAGAAUGGAGAGUCAUGGUUUUGAAGGGAUUAGAUUGAGCUCCAAGUGUAUGAUUCAAGCAAAACUUCUGUUGAAAAUCAGAACCCAUUAUUGUCCUCUUCAAUUUGAAGAAGAAAAUAUUGGAGGUUUCAAGGUUGUUGAAAGAGAUGAUGGAAGAGCUAUUUCCUUGGGAUGGCAAGAUAGAUAUCUGCUUACUGCCUCCGCAUGGCACUGUGGAAGAUAGAUACAUAUAGAUACAUAUCUCUAUUUAUAUAUUUUUCUCUAACACAAUAUUAAUUCAUCAGUG